AUGGUGGUAACUCGUUCUUCCGCUGCGGCAGAAGACACAAAAGCGAAGGGAGAAUCUUAUUUAGUUAUUGGUGGUUGUGGGUUUUUGGGAAGAUACAUUGUGGAACAAUUAUUGGAACGUGGGGAAACUCAAGUGGCUGUGUUUGAUUUGGUUCAAAGACAUUUUGAUACGAACGUGACAUUUUACAUUGGUGAUAUUUCCAAAGAAGAGGAUGUUGUGAAUGCCAUUACAAAAUCCAACGCAACGGCAAUCAUUCAUACCGCUUCACCGGCCCAUGGACUAGGUGCUCAAGUAUACGAACUAGUCAACGUUAUCGGUACUCGUAAUGUCAUCGACGCAAGUAUCGAACAUGGUGUUAAAAAACUCGUUUACACAUCUUCAGCAGGUGUCAUUUAUAACGGUAUUCACGAUAUAACUUCAGCAGAUGAACGUUUAGAUUUCCCUAUCAAACCUCUUGACGCAUAUAAUCAUACCAAAGUUCAAGCUGAAAAAAUGGUACUCUCAGCCAAUUCUAAAGAAUUCAAAACAUGUGCUAUUCGACCCGCAGGUUUAUUCGGACCUGGUGAUAGACAAGUCAUUCAAGGUUUUUACAACGUGAUAAAAAACGGUCAAACGAGAUUUCAAAUUGGUGAUAAUAAUAAUUUAAACGAAUUCACUUAUGUCGCCAAUGCUGCUCAUGCACAUUUAUUAGCUAUCGAUAAACUCGAUACCACAUAUCCUUAUUCUUCUUUCCGUGAUCCUAUCCCUUCUAUCGAUUUAUCCUUAGGAGGUUAUCGUAUACCCACUUCGGAAGCUAGACCAUUAGGACCAAACACAGAACCUACCGAAAGAGAUUUAAUGGCAGCAAGGAAAUUUGAAAGUGGUCAAGAUGAAGAAAGUGAUUUACGUCCAGUUUUGCGUAAUAGGAUGGAUCAAUUCGCUUCCGAAGCUAAUGAAUUGGAUCAAGGUGGUUGUCCUAUCGCAGGUCAAGCUUUCUUCGUCACGAAUGGAGAACCGACUUACUUUUGGGAUUUCGCGAGAACAGUUUGGAGGGAAUUAGGUGCGGAUUUAUCAAAACCACCAUUCGUCAUUCCUACCAUGAUCGGAAUGCUCAUCGCUGCUUUGGCGGAGAUAUACAGUAAACUCAUGGAACGUGAAGCGGGGUUUACAAAGUUCAGAGUGGCUAUCGCUAGUCAGAAUCGGUACUACGACAUCGAGCGUGCUAGGAGGUUGCUGGGAUACGAACCUGUCAUAGGGUUGGAAGAAGGGAUGCGUAGAUGGACGGAAUGGUAUAAGACUGAGAUGAGCAAGAUGGGACAGGCGGGGGAGACUGCAAAGACAAAGUAA